AAAACAGUGCCGGACUGGCUGGUGAAGAGUUCAAUAGAACAGAAAAAGAUAUUCAGAUUUCUUCCCCAUUUAAUAAAAAUAAAUCGAGGAGUUUAUAAUCGAAUACGCAACCAACAGGCACUUGAAUCGCAUAAGACUUUCGAAGCGUGGAUCGUGCCAUCGGCUCGGGAAAAAUUUACUGAAAAAGUAUCUCGAUUUUAAACGGGAAUAGUAUCUAUAGUAGUUAGAUUGGGAUGAAAAAGUGCCUUAAGAUUGUUAUUUUGUUAUAAAUGUAAUAAAAAACAAUUAAAAUUUACUGGAAUCUAUUUUGUCGGAAGAAAGUCCUUUAUUUGUAGUUCGAAGUGUUCAAAUGAUUUUCAAUAAAGUUUACCCUUUGUCCGACGGGUUUUAAGUGUACUUUUUUAUGAAAGUAACAUAGUUCAUGAUAUCAGUCAAAAGGAUCUUGAAGUGGUGAUUUAACUUUAAAAUUAGAAAGUGAGAACCACAAAUUUGCGGGUUCAGUUGCUGAGUUAUUAUUCCAAUCCCAUCAUCGGUCGAAGGAUUCAAGUUGGAGCCAGAAACAGAUAACUCUCAAGUCGAAAUGUCGGUUGAUGUUGCUGCCCAUCCGGAGGAAUUCCGACCGGACGUACUAAAAAGAACCAUGAAUAAGUUAUGCAGACAAGUAUCUAUCGAGUCUCCUGGUCCAACAAUGAAAGAUUGCGUGUUCAGUUUUAUUGUACCAGUACCAGAUACACCUCCAAAAGGUGCACGCAUUAAAAUUGUAUGCGCAGGAGCUUGCUAUCGUCGUCAUCGUUCACCAUCGAUUUCAUCAAUUUCCAGUGUAUCGUCUGAACUCAGCGAUUACAAUGUACCAAUUGCAGCACAAACAACCCCAUCUGCACAGCAGACUAGCCCAGCACAUCAAGGUAUUCGAGACGGGGCCAUUUUCCCAGGUUUUGAAGUGGCCGGUGUCAUUGAAACAUUAGGAAGUGAAUUGGGUCCUGAUUGUGGAUUUACGGUUGGUCAACGUGUUGUAAUCUAUCCAUUUGAUGAAGCGCCUAAUGGUUAUGCUGAACUGAUUUGUGUACCAGACUUGAAGUAUUUAAUUCCAAUACCUGAUAGUUUGCCUAUUAGCGUUGCAGCUAUGCUUCCAACCGGUGCACUUUUGGCUAUGAGUGCAGUUCUUCAGGCUCAUGAAAUUGCCAGUGAAUUACUAAAAGAACGCGGUAAUGAUACGAUUUGUAAAAUGCUGAUUGUGGGAACCGGUGGACUGGCCCUUUGGGCUGUACGAAUCGCCCAAUAUCAUUUUCACAAUUCAGAUUAUAGCCGUGGCAGAUUUGAUAUAACUGUUGCUAGUUUAAAGGAUGAAGGCUUCAUGUUAGCCAAAGAAAUUGAGAACGUUAAAGUUGUACAAUGGAAUGAAGACUUGUAUGAGAAGCAACUAAUUGAAAGAACUAAAGAUGCAUGCAAUGGUCUAGUGGAUAUUGUUAUUGAUUUCGGAACCACAUCAAGAAGUCUUCAUAGAUCAAUGCAAUGUCUAACGAAGGGAGGCGUAGUGCUAAUAAAUGAUGAAGUUGCUGAAAAACUUCUUCCGAAAUUUGCACGCCUUGCCGAGGAGCGCGAGCAAAAAAUUGAAGCAGUUGCUAAUGGGUCAAUUGAACAAUUACACGAGGUAGUGAAGUUGGUUGCAUCAGGCGAGAUCAAGCCACCACCUCAUUCAAUUUUCCCAUGUGAACAAGCAUCGGAAGUAGUUCGUAAAUUAUGCGCAUCAGAAAUUCCAGGACGUGCUAUACUCCGAUUUCAUGACAUUGACUAAAUAUACAGGUGAAAAAUUUAUAUAAAAUGCAAAUCAUCCUCUACUAAGAUGAAAUGUACUUUAUUUUCCUCUUUUUGUUGUAUUUAAAAAAAUUUGACAAAGUUAAAACAAAUUUUGCAAGCGUCAGUGAGCUUGAUCUUACCUAUUAUUAUUAAUAAAGAAAAAAUAAAAGUAAGCUAAGGAUAAAAAUAUCUGAAUUCAAAGGAAAAUUAAAAAUAAAUAAGAAAACAAGGAAAUAAAAAUAGAAAUUAAGGGCAGGGAAUCUUAAGACUCAAAACAAAAACACAAAGUUACAGAUAAAAUUACAGAAAGAUAAUCUACAGAGAUCUCUUGUGAGAUUUCCUUUCGUAACAAAUACUCUCCUUUUUUUGAGUUGACUCAGGUUUUCGUUUCAAAGCAUUUAAAUGUGGCACCAAAUUUAAAAAAUUCUGUAAUAUUCUCUAUUGCUACAGGCUAGUGGAUUUCGAAAAUGAACUUGCAACUUGUAAGGAAGCUUCCAAUUGAUUGUUAUUUACUAUAUAUAAUACAGUAGAAUCCUGAUAAUUCGUAUCGUCAAUAGACUGACUAUUUAGUACGAAAUAUGGGCGGAUUACCAAUUAUCGGGAAUGAAAAAUAAAGAAAAUUAACUCCAGAGACCCAGAAAUUAGCCGGAAAUACGAACAAUGGAUGUACGAAUUAUCGAGAUUCCACUGUAUUUGAAUGUUGAAAGUAAUUCAUUCAAGUGAUCAUUUUGCAAUCCAAUGCUAUAGCCAUUUUCUUCUGUGCUUUGAAAACGGGAUAUGGAAUUAGAAUUCAUAUUUUCAUCUCUUGCGUUAAGCUUAAGUUAUAAGCAUAUUUGACGAAAGAAUAUUUUAUUUGAUUUUUAUCUAUUUAUAUGAAUUAAUAUAAUAUACAAGUGCACAUUUUUGAGAACGAAGUGAUAAGCGAACGCUGAUAUAGAUCAAUAAAACUCCUUAGAUUUUAAGCUCCUUUAACAAAUUGCAUAAUGAUUGUUACCGUAGUUUUUAUAUAUACCUUCAAAUCUAAUCAAAGUAUAGACAAAACCGGAAAAAAAAAUCCAUACAAACGAGAAACAUGGUAAAGAUCACCUAUUUUCGGAAUCUCACUACUUUCCUAAUAUUGUCUGGAUAUGCAUUUAUUAUUUUUCAUCAAACAAUUCAAUGCAUAAAAAAUAGACUAAUCAAAAGAAUAGGAAGUAGACUUUAGGAGUAUGCACGAUUAAUUCGUCAAAUGAUUUUGGUUUAAAUAUUUUCUUAUGCUUAAAUAUAUGUACUGCAUAGUUAGUCAAUCAUGUUACUGUUAUCCCUAUUUGAAUUGUAUAUUUUUUUUUUGUUUUUUAUCGAAUCUAAUAGUACUUUGUGAUAUUCAAUAUUCAAAAAAUCUGUCAUUGUUUAAUUUGCUCCAGAUUAACUUCAUUUAUCCAUAAAAUUCUUAUAUAAAAUUUUACGUUACGUACAUUUAAGGUUCCAUUUUGGCCCGCCGCACACAACAACACCCAUUGAAAGUCACUCUUUAAAUUAUAACAAAAAAGCAUCACAUUUUUUCGCAUUUAUUAAUUAUAAAUUUAUUAUACUAUGAAACAACUAUUGUAGAUAUUAAUUAAAAAAAAAGAAACAACAGAUUUGAAGGAAGAAUUAGCAGUUGUUUUAUUAUAGCAAAAAAAAAAUAAAUACACUAGAAAGAAUAAUAAAAAAAAAAAGAAAGUAGAUAAAAAUCCGCAUGAACGAAGUAAGGAGUAUUUGAAAAGUAUUCGUUGUAUUUCAAUUAGAAGGAAAAGAAACACGAAAAAAAAAGAAAUAACUAAACUAACGAUAGUAACGAAUAAUAAAUAGCAAGACCCACAUACAAGGUGUUGUUAUCCAGGAAACUGUUAAUGAAAUGAAAAGAUAAAAAAAGAAUCACAAAAAAUAUAUUGUUCCCGAA